CUAUUAAUACUGGCGCAUUAUGAUACUGACAUUUAUAUUGUCACAAUUUUUAAAGCAAUUUAGUUCGACAUUUCCGUAUUUAAAGUUUCCAAUUUCCAUCCUACUACAACAAUGUGACUAAUUCCGUAAAUGUAUACAAAAGGCAACACGUGUAAUAAUACUCUUAUAAACAUUGAACCUACUCGCAUAUCAUGAGGAUAAAUUAGCAAAAGUUAUGCAGUAUGGACAGCGAAAGUGUGACCCUGUUGAACCAACUUUGUACACACCAUGAGAUGCAUCCCAAAACAAGGCUAAGUGACGUCGGCAGUGAGAGCAGCGAACGUGUUCGCAUGAAACUCCGUGCUCUUCUGGUAGCUCUGCUCGGAGUAUCCAUGUCUGCGUGCGCCUUCGCCUCACAGCCGGUCGAACUAGAACUAGACGAUGAUGAUGUUGCGCAAAAACUUAAUAACGUCAGUUUUGCUAGAAGAAUAACGAAACCUACGAUACGCCUGGUCAUGGGUUAUGGAAAGCUUAGCGCCUUCAUAACAGCUGCUACUUCACUGUUGCUUCUCAUAGCUGUCAUGUCAAAGCAGUCUUGGUGGCGAAGGGGUGCGCGUUGGUUGGCGGCGCCGGCGUUGUUAGUGGCGGCCCUAGAGGCAGCUUCGGACGCAAGCGACGCGAUGCUCGCAGCGGCAUUGCGCGGCUCCGCGGAACCGGCCCAGGUCAUCGUGCAAACACUAGUCGCGGGACUGCUGGUCACUAUCGAGAUUCUUGUUUGGUACUUUAUAGCAAAAUUUUUCGAAUAUAAUCCACCGAAUAUUGAGGAAAGAGAAAAGGAAAUUUUACCAAUAUCGCAUCUGCCACAGAAUAUUAUGUAAUAUGCAAUUGUUGAUUUGUACUAAAUUCAUUAUAUAAAAUACCUACUUAACAAUACCGUUCAGCUUUUUAUCUGAAAAUAAUAGUGAUUAUAUUGAUGAAUAUACGGUCUUUAUUCAUA